AUGGGUAAUGCGAUAAAGAAAGUGUUUCCAAACACUCGGCACCGCUUUUGUGACUGGCAUAUUAAAAAGCAUGAGUCUGAACACCUUCGACCAUUUGUUACCCGUUAUAGUGAUUUUCAGGAAUCAUAUAAAGAUUGGGUGAAUAGUGACACCAUUGAAGAGUUUGAAAGCAAAUGGGAAGUUAUACGUAUUAAGUAUAAUUUGGAAAAUAAUUGUUGGAUAAGUCAAAUGUAUAGCCAACGGAUACAUUGGGCUAAAGCCUUUCUUAAAGAUAUUUUCUUGGCUGGUAUGACAACCAGUGGACGAAGUGAGAGUAUUAAUUCCUUUUUUGAUGGAUUUGUCAAUUCGAUCACCAUGUUGAAUGAAUUCGUAAUACAAUAUGACAAAGCAGUUAAGUCUCAAAGGGCAGCCGAAGAAGAUGAGGACUUCAAGACAAUGAACUCAAGAGCAGUUCUUUCUUCUGUGCAUCCAAUUGAAGCAAAAGCAGGUGAGUGCUAUACUAGAAACAUUUUUGAGAUUUUUAAAAAAGAAUGGAUGGAAACCAAUAACAAUUUAACUCAUGAGACUCUAAAAAAAAGUAUAGAAGAAAUAACAUAUCGAGUUGGGCAAAUGAAUAUUGAUAAAAAAUAUUGGAGAAUUGUUAGCUUCCGUUUGGUUGGUCAAAUGAAUGUUAUAUGUUCUUGUGCUAAGUAUGAGAUAUAUGGAAUUUUAUGCAAACAUUGCCUAUAUGUGAUGAAGAAGAGGCAUGUUGAAACACUUCCGAGUCCCUAUAUUUUACCUCGAUGGACACUUAAUGUUAGGUACAAAGUGGGUAAUAAUGGUAUUGGACUUGAAGAAAUGAAUAAUGAUAAUGGGGUUAGUGCAUACACUUUAUGGUGUGUUCGUUCCAACUUUACCAAAGUAAUUGAACAAGCGAAAUUCUCCCCUUUAAAGAUAGAAAAAGUUAAUAACGUAUUGAUAAAGCUUUUAGAUGAUCUAACGAUUCAGGAAAAACCAAUAGCAUUUGAAAAUUCAUCGGAAGGUUAUUCUGUGGGACUUUUAGAAAUAAAUAUGACACCUCAGAUAUCUGUCCGAGAUCCUCUUGGUCCAACUAAUACGAAAGGUCGUCCGAAAAAUGCAAGUAGAAUCAAGUCUUCUCUAGAAAUGCCGAAAAACGAACAUGUUCUUACUGUCAGGGAUUGGGUCAUUAUGCCACUAGUUGUUCAAAAAGAAAGGUGGAUGCAUCGUUACAAGAAAAACAGUGACGAAUGGUUGCUAUUUUCUGGGAUGCUGUGGGAAGAAGUUAAAAACAUAAGUAGGUUGCUGUUACAAGUUAAAAACAGAAUUACGUUGCUAUUACAGGUUGCUCUUUCUGUAACAAUGUAA